AUGUGCAAUAUGGAGAUAAUGCAAUUAAAUUAUUAAGAUGAUUGUAUGAAUUAUUAAUAUUUUAAUAUUGAAAAAUAUUCAAAAGAAAUAUUCGGAAAUUUUUAUAUUAAUAACAAUUAAAGAAAAUUUGAUUAUAUGAUAAAACUAUUAAAAAAAUAUAUAAAUGAUUAAAAAUAAAUGAUUUUAAUAUUUAUAAUAAAUCCUGAAAAUACUUCCAAGUUUUACGCAAUAAAGUUAAUUGUAAAUUCAGACAUUUUUAUAAAUGCAAACAGUUUUGAAAUAAAAAUUAUUUAUAACUACCAUUUAGAAGAAGAUUUUUAAAAAUUUAAAAUAUACAAAUUUUAAGAAGAAGAUUUCUCUUUUAAAUUAUAAAUUCGUAAAUAAAAGUAAAUCAGCUUUUAUGAUAUUAAUAAUUAAAACGUUUAAAAAACCCUUCAGAUAAAUAAGUCGUAUCCUAUUAAAUACUGUGCAUGGGUUAAUACAACUCCUGAACUAUAUUAUAUUAUCAACUUUGAUAACGAAAUAGAGUUUUACAAACAAAAUAGUGAGAUACUAACAAAAUUUAAUCUAAAAAACUUUCUUUUUAGUGUCGACCAUAAACUUUAUGAUGUGGCAUAAGUUCGAAUACUAGUAAAACAUUAUUUUGAGGAUAAUUUUAUAUUAGCUGUAGAGAAUUAUAUAAUGUUAUUUAACCUAUAAUUUAAUAAAAGGAAAUAAUGUUUUUAAAUUAACUUUAUUUAAAAAGACGGAAACAUAUUAUAUUUUAAGAGAAUUUCUCGAUUUUCAAAUCCAAAAAAAUAUGAUAUUUAUGUAACAAAAAAUUAAUCUAUAAUUUUAAAAACAAACGAAAAUAUACAUAGAUUUAACGGAUUUUUCGAAGAUUAAAUUAUUUCUUUAAACCACGUUAACAAUUAUAUUCCUUUACCUGAAAACUUUUACAGAAAAAUUGUUUCUUCUUUUUAAAUAAUACCACAUCAUCAUCCUGAAUUUAUUUAUGAAAUACUCUCUAUGGGAAAUUUCGAAUUAGCUGAAAUUAUUUUACAUAAAUGUCUUUAAAGUUUAAAAGAAAAAGGAUACAUUUCUUCAAAAUUUUCUAUUAAUAUUGAAAGAUUAGGUGAUCUCUUCGAAAAAGCAACAUCCUAAACUUUAAAUAUAGAAUAGGAAUUUUAAGAAAAUACUUUGAAUUUAGUCAGAUAUAAUACUAUUUAUGCACCCGAUACUUAACCUGUUAUAAUAUAGAAUGAAAUUGUAAACAGUAUUAACCUUGCUGUUGAAAAUGAAAAUUAAAAACCUUUUUUAGAAAUACUUUAAAAUAUUCUUUAAUCAGAAAAGUAAUGCUUUAAUUUAAAUGAAAAUGACCCUGUAUUUUUGGAAACUUUAGUAGAAUAUAUGUUUUAUUAGAAACAAAAUAAAAGAACUUUGGACUUUUUUGGAGCCCUUUUUUUAUUUUAUGUUCGUGUAUUUAACAUUAUGAGAUUUCAUGUAGCAAAUAAAUCUAAAAUAAAAGCACUUUAAACAAAAGAAAUUGUUUGGGCCUUCCAUUCAGACCAAAAAGAAUCUCUAGUUUAAGAAUGCAUUGAUAAAAUACUUCUUUAGAAAGGUCCAAAUAGUUUAUCUUGGGAUUUAUUAAAAAGAUAUUGUGUAGUUUUAUGGCACGAUAAUUUAGAAUAAAUAAGAUCUUACAUAGAAAAAAUAGCAUAAAUAGCUUAUACAAAAACUAAAGAUCCUAGUAAUGCAGUUUUAUGGUAUUUAUUAUUAGGUAAAAAAAACAUUUUAGCCCUUCUAUACAAGAAAGAAAUAGACGCGAAAUGCCAAGCAAUAUACAAGUUAUUAUAGAACAACUUUAACGAUCCAAAGAAUAAAAACAUAGCAAAUAAAAACGCAAUGGUUCUUUUAUAAAAAAAGCAAUAUGAAAUGUGUGCAGGGUUUUUCCUUUUAGGAGGAUUUCUAUAAGAUGCAGUGGAUAUUAUGAUUGAAAAAUUAGAAGAUAUUUAAUUAGCUGUACUUGCUUGCAGAUUAUUUGAAAACGAUAAAGAAAAGCCUAUUUUUAGAAAACUCAUUCAAGAAUAUUUUAUUAAAACAGGAAAACUUACUAAUGAUAUAUUUCUUUAACAUAUAGGAUUUAAUAUGCUAAACGAACAUGUAAAUUCUGUUAAUUCUUUAUACGAUUUUUCUUUUGAUAACAAUUAAUCUACUCAAUUUGCUGCUGGAGGAAAAAAAAUAUGUUUAACUUGGUCUGCUAAAUUUGAACCAGAAUUAAGCUUCUUUCAUCCUUCAGCGAUUAUUUUGGCUAAUAAAUUAAGAGAUUCUUUAAAAGUGAAAAGAGAAUUAGAAAACGCAAAAUAAAAAAAUGAAUAAUAAAGCGAUAUUUUUGAUGAUUUCUGGGGGGAUGAUAAUGAUCUUAUGAAAGAAGAUAAAAAAUAAAAUAAAGAACCAGAAGUUUAUCUAAAAGAAAAUCUAAAAGCUCAUUUUAUUUAUGCUUAAGAAUUUUAUCUUAACAUAAACUAACCAAUAAUGGGUUUAAUAUUUUAUAAAACGUACAAAAACUAAAUACAAAUUGAUGAAUAAAGCAAUCAUCUCUUAAAUAAAUUAGUUUCUAAAAAUUUAGAUUAUUUAAUUGAAUAAGCUUUAGCUGACAAUAAUCAAGAUCGCUAUUUUCAAAAUUUACUCCAAGAUAUAUUAGAACUGAGUAAAUAUUUAGGCUUAAGUAAAAAAUAAUUACAAGAAUAAGUCAUAAAUAAAAUUGAAAAUAUGAAAACCUUAUCAAUAUCAAUAUCAAUAAAUAUAGCCUUGAAUAAGAUAGACAAAGCAAUUGAUUUACUAUGGAAUUUCAUGAUUUAAUCAUAGCAUUUAUUUUAUUAUUACACACAAGAUAAUUCCAUUAAGUUAAAAACAAGGUAAUAUUGGGCAAAUGUUAUUUAUGCAACAAACUAAAUUCACACAUCAAUAAAAUACUUAGAAGAAUCUAUAUUUGCAAAAGAAGAUAAUGUGAGAAAAUAAUUGGAUAUUCUAAAAUUUUAUUAAAUUUUUUGUUAUUUUAUAGUAAAUGCAGGACUUGAUUAAUUCCAAGAAUUAUGUAUUUUAUAAAAAGAGAUUUCUGAAUUUAUUGAAGUUUCAAUUUUCUAAUAAAAAUCUUUGACAAUAAAAUACGUCCUUAAUAUUCCAAAACUUCUCGAUGAGGUUAAUAAAAAGCGGGAAUUAAAAUUUAAAGAUUAAAAGGCACAUAAAUUUACUGAUCUUUUUGCAGAAGCAUUCCCUUCUAGCCCCUAUUUAAAUAUUGAUUAAUAUGAAAAGGAUAUUAAUUAAACAUAAAAUAAUAACGAAAAUAACAAUAAUAUUGAUGGAAAAUAUAAAAUGAUUCUUUUUAGUCUCUUAAGAUAUUUAUCAGCGAAAAAUUUCGAAAUAAAUACUUCUAAAAGGCUUAAAGGUUGUGAAGGAGUAAUGAAGGCUUAAUUAGAUAAAAUAAAUUAUCUAAAUGUUCUUAAAUACAUAGAGUUUUAUGCCAAAAAUCAAAAAAAAAUAUUAAAGGCAUUAAUGAAAAGAUUUACUACAUAAGAACAAAAUCGAAUUAUUUAAGAAAUACAAGAAAUCAUGAAUGAUUCAAAUUAUUAUAAACACUCGUUUAUUUUUAAAGAUUUAGAUACUUAUUUUGAUCCUUAAAUUUUAUUAUAAUUCAAAAGAGAUAUGGAUUUCGAUAAACUUUUUGCACAUUUAAACGUAAAAAUUGUGAUUUAAUAAUAUCGAAAGCCUAAUCAAGAAUGGUCUUAAUAUAUAGAAAACAAUAGAUAAUUAUUAUUUAAAAAUGGAAUCGAAUUAAUUAAAAUUAAAUCUGAAAUUAUUAAAGGAUGGUGUGUUAAUUAACAUUUAAACUCUAAUCGAGAAAUAAUUUGUUUAUGCAAUAAAUAAUUAAAGAAAUAUGAUUUAUUUGAUUAACUACUUAAUAAAAAUAGAAAUUAAGAAGGCCAUAUCUUAAUUGAUGAUGUUUAUUUUUAUACAUAUUUUUUUUUUAAUUAUUUUUCUAUUUUAAGGAAUCUUCUCAAUAUAAUGAUAAUUUUAGUAAAGAAGAAGUCAAAAAAAUUAAUAAUAUGUAAUUAGAUAAUAAAGGAAUUCCUAUUAAAUUGGCUUAAAUAUGAAAUUAUUUAUAUAAAGAAUGGAACAAAUAAAGCCUUUAAUGAAGAUUUUUCAAGUAUAAUUUCACAUCCAAAUUUGCCAUUCUUUUUAAUUGGAACUAGAGGUGCAGUUUAAGUUUGGGCAUUUAUUUAAUUUGUUUGUGUUGCGGAAUUUUAAACCUAAAAUAAAGAAUAAAUCGUUCUUUUAAAAACUUCUCGUUUUGGAGAUAAAAUCGCAGGCUUAGAUUCUUCUGGAAACUUUUAUAUGUGGAAAUUCCAUAAAUAGUAACUUUCUUUUAAUUAAUAUAUCAUUUAAUUUUUCAUUUAUACAAAAAGUACUAAAUAUUUAGGACCGUUUUACGUAUUACCCACAAAUAAGUAAAAACAAAUAAACGAUUUUUGCUUUCUUAAUCAUGGUUCUAUAAUUGCAACUAUAUCUAAUAAUUCAUUUUCUAUAUAUGAUCUAUUAUUAAUGCCUUAAAAUGUAUUUUUAUUUUAUGUAUAUUUAUUAACUUAUUGA